AUGACACCAUUUCCUUCGUCUUGCGUUGAGUUUUAUGUGUAUACUGAAACGGAAUCCGUCAAUCAGGGCAAUGGAUCUGUGAACAUUCUGGAAGUGCUUGCAAAAAGAAAUCCGUUAACCUGCUCGCGGAGUUGUCAUAGAAACCCACAGUGCUCCGCAUAUUUUGAAAAUGAUUUGACGAAAGAGUGUCGUCUUGUGUCCGACAACGUAACAGGAAUCUCCGGCAACGUAACCGAUAAUAAUGUCAACGGAGAAGCCGGGUGGAAAUACAUAGUGAAGUCUAUGAAACAGCCGUCGUGCCCUACAUCUCUUGGGUUUCAUUUUUAUCAAGAUACAAAUAUGUGCUUCAAAAUGUUAUCCGACACAAGAUUAAGCAGAGAUACUGCGAAUGUGCUUUGUGAAUCAAUUGGUGGACGUAUUCUUAGAAUACAGAACGACAAACAACACGCCACUACUGUCGCUUUCAUGGAAAAGUUCCACAAAGGAGACAAUGUUAUCAUAGAUGGAUAUCGAAACGAUCCGAGCGGAUCCGACUGGAAAUUUAGUAAUGGUGUACCGAUGACAUACUUCAAAUGGGCUGAAGGCCAACCGGAAUCUGGCAAGCCCGCAAUAAAAAUGAAUAAAAAUAGGAACUUUGACUGGUCACCUUCAUCGAAUAUGGAUAAACUAUUCCUCUGUGAAAUACCUUUAAAUGAUAUAUAA